CUUUUCCCAUCUCUAAAACUUCAAAUGUAUCUCCUAUGGGUUUCUGUAGCUGAGACAGAGGAUGGAGAUAUCCAUAAAGAGUAUGUUGAGGAGACUAAUCGACAAGCAAUUAUGAUUGCUGCUGCCAAGUUAAUUGCUAACGACAUAGUUCCUGAGGAUUAUCUUGGCCCGGAGAUCGUUUCCCAUUUUGUGAUGCAUGGCACAAGUGUGGCUGAGAUUGUGAAACACCUCAUAGCUGUUUUAAAGAAAAAGAAUGACGAUGUGUCCAACAUCUUUCUAGAAGCACUGAAACGAGCAUACCAUCGGCAUAUGAUGGUAGUUUCAGAAAGCAAUGAUGGAUCUCUUACUGGAAAGUCUUUUCAAGAAUGUAAAGAUCUGGCUGCUUGGCUUUCUGGAACAUUCGUAGGUGCUGCUCGAAACAAGCAUAGAUCAGACAUAUUGAAAAUUGUCAAGGAUGGUAUUGAGUAUGCUUUUGUUGAUGCUCCAAAGUAGCGAUCUUUUUUGGAUGGGGCUGUGGUCCAUUUCAUUUCCAAACUUCCUACACCUGAUAUCCUUGAAAUGUAAGAGUGAAUCUUUUUGACUUUUUCUUCUAUAAGUUCUCUAACAUAUACGUUUGGAAGGCAAAUGCUAAUGCUCCAUCACUGUUGCAAUAGUUUGAAGGAUGUCUAAAAACGAACAGAGAACGUGAAUACAGACGGUAUCUAAAAUAUAUUUCCU